UUAGCUUCAGGUUUCUGGUUCUCCUUAGUGACAAGAGUCCCAUCUCAUGCUCCCUCUCCCAAAGCCUUCUCCUAUGCUGUUGCUGGCUUCUUCUCCUCAAUUCUCUCCCAGGGAAGUGUCUGCCCUAGAGUUAGGGUUGGUUCAGUGAGGUGGAGGGUUUUUUAGACAAAAAUGUGAAUGGGAAACAAGAGGUUGCCUUUACCUCAUUAGGCUCACCUCCCUGAUCCCUGUGCACCUUACCUUGAUCCCCAGGGGCCAGGAAACAAAGAAAUUAAUUAGGGGAAUAUGGGGAAAACUAGACCUAACUUUGAACAGGAGGUUGAAGGCUCAGAUUAGAGAAUAAUCUGUUCCAAAAGUUUAAAAAGGAAAAAAAGAAAAGAUGAAAAAACCUCUAUGGAAGAAAAAGAGCACGGAAAGGAAGGAGAGGAUUUGAAAGAGGAAGAGGUGGAGAAGGAGCCUGAGCAGAAGGAAGUUGAGAUAAAGGAAAAAUUAAAAGAAAUCCAGUUUUCAGUAGAGUCCAGAAUCCCAUCUGUCCUUGUACCCUUACCUAACAAUGACACGUUGGAAAGCACGCCUGCUCCUGAUUGUCAAAGCAAAAAGGAUUUUUUCCACACGAAACCAUUUUUUUUUGGUUCUAAGUUUCCCAGUGAAAGAAGAAAAAUUAAUUUCUUCUGGACAGAGGCGACACAGUAUUUAACAACAAUAAAUGAAUAUUUUGGAAGUUUCAGAUCUAUUACAUUAAGAAAUAAAGUAUACCCCUCACAAGAUGAAGACACAGUAAGAGACUUCACUGGAAAACUUGAGAAUUUGGAUGAAGAAGAAGAAUUAGCAAAAAGAAGCAGUAUUUCUGGAACUAUUCAGCUUGUUGUCCUGUCUCUCCCUGUCAGGUAUGAAAGACUCCAAACAAAGAAUGCAAGAAGGAUGUUUAGCAUUUUCUUGCUCCUCCUUCAUGUUGUAUUGUUGACUGUAGCUUUAAUCAAUACUCCUACGGGCUCGAGGCUUCCUUUCCACUUUCGUGCACUAUUUUUAGCCUUUUGUACCUUCUUCCUUCUUGAUGUAAUGGCUCAAGCCUUUGUAGAAGGAUUGAAAUCUUAUUUUUCUUCAGUAAUCAAUAUAAUAGAUCUUUUUGGUAUUCUGUUAGUCCUGACAUUGGAUAUCCUUUAUAUUAAUUUUUAUAUUGAAGGAACUUCCCAUUUACCCAGGUUGACAUUUAUUCUUAAAGGCAUAAGACUUUUUGUUCUCAUAAGAGUAUUUAAGUUGGCCAGAGGGAAAAGGAAGUUUGAAAAAGCAAUUAGAAAAAUGGUUUCAGAAAACAAAAGACGUUAUAAGAAAGAUGGAUUUGACCUGGACCUCACUUAUGUUACUGAUAAUGUUAUUGCCAUGUCAUUCCCAUCAUCUGGACGUGAGUCAUUCUAUAGAAAUCCCAUUAAGGAAGUCGUGAAAUUUCUGGAUUUAAAACAUCGAGACCACUACAAAAUCUACAACUUGUGCAGUGAGAAGACCUAUAAUCCUUCAUUCUUCCAUAACAGGGUAGAAAGAUUCCCUAUUGAUGAUCAUAAUGUUCCCAGUAUAAUUGAUAUGCUGAAAUUUGUGGACAGUGUAUUUGAAUGGAUGGAACAGGAUUCAGAAAAUGUCAUAGUAGUUCACUGUUUAGGAGGCAAAGGUAGGACUGGAACUAUGAUCUGUAUUUGGCUUAUUGCUAGUGAACAAUUUGAAACUGCAAAGGAGAGCCUGGAAUAUUUUGGAAAAAGAAGAACAGAUCUGACUAGUGGCACCAAAUAUCAGGGAGUAGAAACUCCUUCACAGAGCAGAUAUGUUGAAUAUUUUGCAUUGAUAAAGAACAAGUAUAAUUGGACUGUGCCUCAAAAAAGAAUGCUCCAGAUAAGAGCCAUCAUUAUUUAUUCAAUUCAAGGGGUUGGAAGAGGUGAUGGAAGUGAUCUGAAAAUCUCAGUAAUAGCAAAUAAAAGACAAAUUUUUUCCUGUAAAUUCUCAUCUUCAAAGAACUGUCAGGUAUUUUGUCAUGAAAAUGUGGAUUCCAUAACUGUUAAAUUUUCAGACUGUCCAAAUAUCUAUGGUGAUGUGAAAAUAAAAUUUUUCUCUUCCUCAGCCAUUCCUAAACUAUAUGACAAGUGUUCAUUUUUCUUUUGGUUCAAUACAGCUUUCAUUGACAACAACAGGCUCUAUCUUAGCAGAAAUGAAUUGGAUAAUCCUCAUAAACAAAAAACAUGGAACAUUUACCGUGAAAAUUUUGCAGUGGAACUACUGUUUUAAGAAGACAUGACCCACAGAAGUGUAUAUUUGUUUAAAUGUCCCUCCCCAUCUAUUAAAGAAUCAUGUUCCUGUGAACUGGACCCUUACUACAUAGAGGAAUCUUCUAAAUCUACAUUUCCUUGUUGGUGUAUUCAUUUGUAUUCUAUGUACUUAAGAAGUCUAUUAAAUGUUGUAAGUAAAA